AUGCCGUCUCAAGUAGCCGUGGACAUGCUGUGGCUUAAAGAGGAAGUCAUGUCCACCCUAAGGGAUGGCAUUACAAUGCUAAUUGGGCCGCCACCGGCGAGUGGCUCGCCCUCGGCCCCCUCCUCCGAUAGCCCCGUAUCACCCACGCCGUACCCCAUCCCCACGAGCCUCCUCCCUUUCCUGGAAGCUCAAGAACGGAGGGCCACCCCUCCCGCACCGCCCAAACGAGGGCUCACCCCUCCGCCCCGAAACGCAUCCAGUCGUCUCGCUGCCUCCAUCCCGGCUGUCAAGCAGUGGCUGUUUGACUUAGACUCCGCCCCCUCAGUCCCUCCUUUCUCUCCGCCCCCUCCUCCUGACUCCUCUCCCUCUGCCUCCCCCGUGCUCGACUCCUUCCUGGGAUACCUCAAAGAGAAGGGCCUAAGAGACAGUGAACAGAACGAACCACUGUCCCUAGCAGGCAGAGGGGGAUUCUUCUGCGCUGAACCCGAGCCGGCAGACACUCCCGCAGGUUUGUUGCCAUGGUACAGGCCAAGUGCUCAGCCAGUAUCCCUAGAACUAGAAACAGAACCCCUGUCUCUUCAGCAGCAAGUGGAAGAUCCCUAUGAUCAGUUGUUGUCUAUGAUCCUGGAUCAGCCCAUGUAUGACAAAGACGGGAGGGAGGUUCUCAGGCCGGCCGUGGAACGCCCGCACGUGGCACUGACCAACGAAUCACAGAGCAGGGUUAGCCUCGAGACGGAGUUUCAUAGGCCCGUGACUGCAAAGCCCAUGUCCAUCACGCAGGACAGCCAAUCAAAAAGGGUGAAUAGAAGGACGGCGGGCUCUCAGAGGCCGAUGACGUUGUACAUUGAGGAAGGGGACGAAGCUAUUGGAGGGGAAGAAGAGGAUGAUGAGGAGGAGGAGGAGGAGGAAGAAGAAGAAAGGAACAUUGAUGUAGACUGUGGUACUGUAACUGUCCACAGAGAGGGACUGAAAACCGAGGCUGAUGUCUAUCCUUCCCACUGUCACAGCACUUUGUGCAACCCGGCACAGUUAGAGCCCAUCACCCUCCUCCCUCCCCCCGUCUCUCCUCCCUCCUCACCAUCCCCUGCUUUUUACUCUGCCUCACAACCAGCUGAAGCCCUGGCUAUCUCUUCUUCCUCUCCUACACUGUCCCAUCUUUCUCCCCCUCCCCCAAUCCCCCUCUCCUCCUCGCCACAGAUUGUGCCACCCUGCUCUCCUCCCCCACUUCCCUCAUCUCUCCCGCUUACCUCUCCUCUCCUUCACCCUCCUCUCCACUUCUCACCUCUCCGCCUCCCACCACCUCACUCCUCCCUACCUCCCGCCCAUCCUCUACUCCUCCUCCCACCACCUCACUCCUCCCUACCUCCCGCCCAUCCUCUACUCCUCCUCCCACCACCUCACUCCUCCCUACCUCCCGCCCAUCCUCUACUCCUCCUCCCACCACCUCACUCCUCCCUACCUCCCGCCCAUCCUCUACUCCUCCUCCCACCACCUCACCCCUCCCUACCUCCCGCCCAUCCUCUACUCCUCCUCCCCCACCUCACCCCUCCCUACCUCCCGCCCAUCCUCUACUCCUCCUCCCCCACUUCUCCCACCCCUCUCGCUUCCUCCCUUUUGGCCUCCCCCAUCCCUGAUGCACAACAGGCGCUCCCUUCCUCCUCUUCUCCUCCUCUCUCUUCCUCUCCUUCUCCUUCCCCUCCACUCGUGCCCUUUCCAGAGCCCAGGUCCCCUAAGAUCAAGCCUCCUUUUAAGCACGACCUCCUCGCGGUCGACGGUAAACCCCCCCGUAGCCCCGUCGCGACCCGAAGGUCCUGUCUGUCGCCUGUUAGAGGUCGAAGGGUAGGGGCGUGACACUAGCAGCUGUGCAUUGUGGGGAAUGUAGUCUUUGUUCUCUAAUAAAUACCCUGUUGGCUACCCCUGGAUUUCAGUGCAUGAUAUUGUUGGACCACAUUGUAGUGCAUUUGUUUCUUCGUGGGGGAUUGAGCAAUGAGAUUGGGUGUGUUUUUGUUAAGGAGUGGAUACGGGGGUUUAUUUGAUUCUGUUCUCAUCUGAAAGGG